AUGUUUAGUGCUUUAUUUCAACUCUUUACUGUUAGUAGCGGUCUAAUAUGGACACUUCUUGUUCUGGUUGUGGUAUACUAUCUGUGGGACAGGCACCAGAGGCUGAAAUCCCUACCGCCGGGACCUACUCCAUUCCCACUGUUGGGUAACAUACUCGACCUGGCCACAAAGGAUCAGUUGAAUUCAUUUCGUAAACUACGGGGAACGUAUGGCGAUCUGGUCACUCUUCACGUUGGGUCGUUCACAAUGGUGGUUGUCAGUGGUUAUAGCACACUCCGGGAAUUGUUUGUCAAGCGAGGUGACGUCACUUCUGACCGACCUGACCUCUUCACUUUCACAGAACUAUCAAAAGGCGAAGGGAUAGCUAGCAGAUCUGGUCUGGAAUGGAAGACACACAGAACAUUCGCUAUAGGAGGGCUAAGGGAUUUUGGUUUCGGCAAAAAAAGUAUAGAAGGAAAGAUCAUGGACGAGGUUGAAGUAUUUCUUCAUGUUCUUGACGAAAAACACGGACAACCGAUACAUCCCGAGCCCUCUAUCCAGACCAGUGUUGCAAAUAUCAUAUGUUCCAUUGUAUUCGGUAAGAGGUUUGAACAUGGCGACCCUGUAUUGAUUAAACUGAUGGAUAUAAUAAAUGAAAGUUUGUCCCUGGGUGGAUCCGCUGGUCUUCUAAACCUCAUGCCCAGUCUCCGAUAUGUCCCUGGAGAUCCAAUAGGUUUGAGAAAGGUCAUCAAUCAUUCAGAGAAAAUCUUUGAAUUUCUUUACCAUGUCAUUGAUGCUCACCAGGAAGACUUCAACGAGGACAACAUUAAAGACUUCAUUGACGUAUAUUUAAAGGAGAUACAGAACAAAAAAGGGGAGGAGACUACUUUUACAGUCUCACAGCUAAUGUUUACAAUAGCCGACAUGUUUAUCGCUGGAAUGGAGACGACAACCACAACUCUUCUCUGGGCUAUCUUGUUCUUCCUCCACUACCCGGAUGUACAGAAACGUUGUCAUGACGAAGUAACGAGGGUGGUAGGGGAAGGUCGAUUCCCGUCCCUGUCAGACCGCCCGGACAUGCCGUACAUUGAGGCCACCAUCACAGAGAUCCUCAGGUGUGGGGACAUUGCUCCUCUUGGGCUUCCACAUGCCACAAGUGAAGACGUGAAAUUCAAUGGACAUAUCAUUCCUAAAGGAACUAUAUUGAUAUCAAACAUCAACUCUGUCCAUACCGACCCUGUACUGUUCCCAGAACCAGAUAAAUUUAAUCCGUCGAGAUUCAUUGAUAACGAUGGAAAAGUGUACGGAACAGAGCAUGUUAUAGCAUUCUUUUUCGGUCGCCGUGUGUGUAUGGGGGAGACUCUCGCCAGGUCAGAGCUGUUUCUUUUCCUCACCUCCAUGGUACAGCGAAUCCAGUUCAAACCUGUGAAUCCAGACAAUAUCCCUCCUAUCAAAGGACAUUUGGGAGUGACACAUAAACCAUACGCCUAUGAAUGUAUAGCCGAAAAACGAGUAUAGAAUCGUGUCCCAUUGGAGACUCACAGCUAUCAUAUUUCUUUACAACUUCUAAAUUUUGCUGUAUUGAUAAAACUUCAGUAUCAGUAUUACUUACCGUCUUUUGUAAAUAAAAUUAUGAGUUCUUUAAACUCG